AUGACGAACUCUAUAGGGACGAGCAAGCUAUUGUUGCAGGAGCCGACGAUUGUACUCACAGAGAAGGAAACGGCGAUCUUCAAAGUUAUCAUGGACACCAUUUACCACUUCCAUCUCAAUACAGUCCCAAGGGCCGCAGGCGGCUGGGUUAGGGAUAAGCUGUUGGGAAAAGAAAGCGAUGAUAUAGAUAUCGCUGUUGACGACAUGUCAGGGGAGGCCUUUGCGUACAAAGUGAAGGACUUCCUCACGAGGACCUCGCCGGGUGCAUCUUGCAGCUCAGUUGGGGUGGUCCGUGCUAAUCCUGACCAGAGCAAACAUCUCGAGACGGCUACUCUGAGGGUAUUCGAUAUCAGCCUUGAUGUCAACAAUUUACGUACGGAAACAUAUACACUGGACUCGCGUAUACCAGUGGUGGCGCUUGGAACCCCACAGGAAGAUGCCAGUCGCCGGGACUUCACCAUUAACGCGUUGUUCUACAACUUGCGCACAGCCAGCGUUGAGGAUUUCACAGGCACGGGCCUUGACGAUCUCAGAGCUGGUGUCAUCCGAACACCCCUGGAGCCCACCAUCACUUUCCAGGACGACCCCUUGCGGAUCCUCCGAGCCGUGAGGUUCUCCACGAGACUUGGGUUCAAAUUGGACGAUGAAAUAAUGAAGGCCGCGUCGGACCCCAACAUAUACGGCCUUUUACUCGUUAAAGUGUCUAGGGAGCGAUGGGGUGUGGAGAUUCACAAAAUGCUCAUUCGUCGUCUUACCAGUUUAGAUUCCUUGGAUAUGCUUGCCUCCCUCGGUAUCAUCAACGUCCUUACAACAGUCGGCGACUCUGCUAAAUUCGAGGAGCCCGAUGCCGUCCCUAAGGACCAGGGCUCUAUCGUCCGUGCCCUCGUCCAGAAUGUCCGUGAAGUCGAGCCACAUCACACCCUCUCAGAUGAUCAGCAUUAUGCCCUUACGCUUGCUAUUCUGACCUCGGGUGUCUACGGCCUGCAUGUUAGAGAGAGGCCGAGCAAACCAGCACGGUGUGCUUGCUAUGGUGUGCUGCGACACGGGCUCAAACUGCCCAACGCGGACUCAGAGAGGGCCUCGGCUAUCAGCGAAGUGGCGUGGAAACUGUCGAGGGCGUCGCAGGAGGAGUUGGUAAACCCUGUAUUCAUAGGGCAUUGCAUGCGUUACCUCAAGGAGGACUGGGUGGUCGCUCUGUGUCUUGCAGAGUGUCUCGCGGCUGCUCAUGAGAGGCAGCGGUACGUUGACUGCCGACAGAGGGUGUUGCUGAGCGGCCUCAUCGGGUGUUGGAACUGGAGAGCUCCUAUCAAUGGCACAUCAUUAGUGAACGACUUCGGCAUGCCUCGAGGUGAAGGUCUCAGUGUCCUCCUUGACAGGCAAGUCGAUAGGUUGUUGAGCAACUGCAGUAUGGUGGUUAACGACGAGGAGGAGUACAAGGCUUGGCUCCAGGGUGAGGUCGAGGAAUGGAUGGUUGCCAAUCCGGAAGCUGUAGCGCGGGCUAAUAAACACGGAAAAGCAAAGAAGGCAAAAAAGUGA